AUGUCAUUAGAUAAAAACUCAACUUAUAAAUUAUCAAACGGUAAAGAAAUCCCAGUCAUUGGAUUUGGUACUUAUCAAGUCCCUGCAGAAUCUGCUCAACAAGUUGUUUAUAAUGCAUUAAAACAAGGUUUCCGUCAUAUUGAUUCAGCUCAACGUUAUCAAAAUGAAUUACAAGUUGUUAAAGGUAUAGUUCAAUUUCUUUCUGAAAAUCCAAAUGUUAAAAGAGAAGAAAUUUUUUAUACAACAAAAGUUGAAACUUAUAAUCAUGGUUAUGAAACUGCAAUUAAAUCAUUAGAUUUAAGUUUUGAUGAUGCUAAAGAAUUAGGUUAUAUUGAUUUAAUCUUAAUUCAUGAUCCAUUAAGUGAUAAAAGAGGUAGAUUAGCAACUUGGUUAGCAUUACAAGAUUUAUAUAAAUCUGGUAAAGUUAAAUCAAUUGGUGUUUCAAAUUAUGGUUUAGAUCAUUUAAAAGAAUUAUUUGAAAAUGAACAAGUUUUAGAAAUUAAACCUCAUGUUAAUCAAAUUAGUGUUAAUCCAUGGUUAUAUCGUGAAGAAUUAAUUAAUUUCUCCAAAGAAAAUGGUUUAUUAGUUGAAGCUUAUUCACCAUUAACAAGAGCUUUAAAAUUAGAUGAUCCAAAAUUACAAAAUUUAGUUUCAAAAUAUAAUAGAACUCCAGUUCAAAUCCUUACAAGAUGGUCAUUACAAAGAGGUUUAGUUCCAUUAGUUAAAACUCAAUCACCAGAAUUAAAAGGUUCUGAAUUAAUUGAAUCAUUUGAUUUCAAUUUAACAGAUGAAGAUGUUGAAUAUUUAACUUCAAAUAAUUCAUAUUUCUUACCAGAAGAUUUUGAUCCACCUGCUGAUAAAGAACAUUUAGGUGCUGCUAAUUCAAUUAAACCAUAA